UUACGUAUAAUGAAAUAGUUUUUUAUUUGUGUUACGAACAAUCAGGCGUUCAUACGAGAAAUUUGUUUGUGUCAUUUAUGAAUUAUUUUCUUAUCUGUAUAAUAGUAUUAAAUCAUUCCAUAAAUAAUACAGUUGUAGCGGAAACUUGAUAAUAAAACAACAGUGCGUUUAGAGAUAAACCAUGUGUUGCAUUGAUGGCGAUUAGUGUGUAUCGUGAAUUACUUUAAGCAUUUAGUAAGAGAAUUUGUAUUGUUUUGCGGAGUUAUAAAUAAUUCAAAAUGUUACGAAGUGUAAGUCGAAAAUUGUACUCGAGUCAGUUAUUGUUGAAUAAAAGUUCAACAUGUGGUGCCAAACAAACGAGAAAUUUAAGUUUACUUGAAUAUCAGAGCAAGGAUCUUCUUAGAAAUUGUGGAGUUUCUGUGCAAAAUUUUGCUAUCGUGGAUGAUUUAAGUAAAACAAAUUCUGCUUUAGACAAAUUACAUGCAGACGAAUAUGUUAUAAAAGCUCAAGUUUUAGCUGGUGGUCGUGGAAAAGGUUGGUUUAAUAAUGGCUUUAAAGGAGGCGUACAUGUUACAAAGGACCGUAAAGCUGUGAUAGAUAUUGUGAAAAAUAUGUUAGGUCACCGCCUUAUCACAAAGCAAACUACAAAAGAUGGCAUAUUAGUGCAAAAAGUUAUGAUAGCAGACUCUGUAAAUAUUGCACGUGAAACAUAUGUUUGUAUUCUUUUGGACAGACAACAUAAUGGUCCUGUAUUAAUUGCUUCACCAGAAGGUGGUAUGGAUAUUGAAACUGUUGCAGAACAAACUCCAGAAUUAAUUAAAACAAUACCAUUAGAUAUAUAUGAGGGCAUUGAUGACAAUAUUGCUAAAGAUAUUAGCAUAUUUCUUGGAUUUACAGACCCUACUAUGCAACAAAAAGCCAUGCAAGAAUUAAAAAAUUUAUGGAAACUGUUUGUAGAUAUUGAUGCUUUGCAACUUGAAAUAAAUCCAUUAGUAGAAACUACAGACAAACAAGUCAUAGCAGUAGAUGCAAAAAUUGCAUUUGACGAUAAUGCUCGAUUUAGGCAAGAACAUUUGUUUGCUUUAGACAAUGAUGAUACAAAAGAUCCUAGAGAAGUAGCUGCUUCACGGUUUAAUCUAAAUUAUAUUGCUAUGGAUGGUAAUAUAGGAUGUUUAGUUAAUGGUGCUGGAUUAGCAAUGGCUACUAUGGAUAUAAUUAAACUACAUGGUGGAUCUCCAGCUAAUUUCUUAGAUGUUGGAGGAAGCGUUAAAGAAGAUCAAGUUUUCCAAGCAUUUAAAAUUCUGAGUGAAGAUCCAAAAGUAAAAGUAAUUCUUGUAAAUGUGUUUGGGGGCAUUGUAAAUUGUGCUACGAUAGCAAAAGGAAUUAUUGCAGCAUCUCGAAACUUACAACUUAAGGUUCCACUUGUUGUUAGACUAGAAGGUACUAAUGUAACAGAGGCAAAAAAACUUAUUGCAGAAAGUGAUAUGUCAAUUCUUACAGCAAAUGAUUUAGAUGAAGCUGCAAAGAAAGCAGUUGUUUCAGUAAAAACAUAAACAUGGCAGUUUUAUUUUGUAUUAAGUUUUUUGAGGGUAAUGGUUCAUUAAUGGAAGUGAAUACUAUAAAAUCUAAAUGAUCAUAUCAUUUUUAUACAAUGUUAAAAUAUGUAAAAUAAUUUAUUAUGUUUACUUCUUUUUAAAGUUAUAUUGUUUACAUGUUGUUAUGGUGGUUCACUAUUUUUACACAUUAUGUUUUAUAUAAAAUAUAAUUGAAGAACUGAUUUCAUUAAAAAUAUUUUAUAUUUCUUA